AUGCAGGACGACUGGACGACUCGCAAGGCCGAGCAGAUCCAAGGGUAUGUGGACCGCAACGAAUGGAAGGACAUCUUCGCUGCGAUCAAGACUGUCUACGGUCUGCCUACCAAAGGAACUGCUCCCCGUCUCAGCGCCGACGGCUGUGCCCUACUCACUGAGAUAACACAAAUUCUACAGCGAUCGGCCGAACAAUCCAGAGACGUUCUCAACCGCCCCCCUACCAUCUCCGAAGCUGUCAUCGCCCGUCUGCUUCAAGUGGAGACCAACGACGACCUCGAUCUCCCGCCCUCUCUCCACGAAAGAAUCAGGUCCGUGCAACAACAUUCCAGCGGGAAAGUGCCCAGCAUCGGACGCGAUUCCUGCUGAGAUUUGCAAACUCGUUGGUCCCCAUCGUGCACCUCUGCAAGCGGAAAAGUAAUUUACAGCUCUGCGACAAAGAUCGAGGCAACUCCUUGCUUAACAUCGCGGGAAGAUCUCCGUUCGCAUUCUCCUCAACCGCCUGAACCACCAUCUAGAACAAGGUCUCCUGCUGGACAGCCAGUGAAGCUCCUGCUGUCAUCGUGGUACCACUGACAUGAUCUUCGCCACCCGUCACCUGCAGGGGAAGUGUCAGGAGAUUCGUACCCGCCUCUACUCUACCUUCGUAGAUCUGACGAAAGCUUUUGACACGGUAAAUCACGAAUGACUGUGGAAAACCAUGCAGAUAUUCGCCAAUCCCGCGCAUCACGGACGAUUGAGCUGUCUCGGAGACAUUCGCAGUGAUCAACGUAGUGAAGCAGGACUGCGUUCUCGCGCCCAUCAUCUUCAGUCUCAGGUUUUCUGCGAUGCUAAUGGACACCUACUGUGACGAAUGCCCCGGGAUCCGCGCCGUCUACAGGACGGCUGGCCAACUCCUCAAUCAGUGUCGGAUGCACUUCCAAUCACGUGUAUCCACAACUAUCGUCCAUGAACUUCUCUUCGCCGACGUCUGCGCCCUCAAAACCGCCUCGGAAAUGGAAAUGCAAAGAUGCAUGUACUUCUUCGCCGCCGCCUGCGAUAACUUCAGCCUGGUCAUUAACACGGAGAGAACGAUGGUUAUGCAUCAACCACCACUCGACUCUGCCUAUUUCGCACCCCGAAUCAACGUGGACAGCGCCUAA